AUGCUCGAGAUCGCCUGUUUUAAUGCCUCAUCAGCAGUGGCUGCCGCGAAAGCAGGUGCUGAUCGAAUAGAACUCUGCGUAGACUAUACUGCUGGUGGGACAACACCGACGCAGGACUCUCUUCGCGAGACUCGGGUAAAGAUAAACAUACCCGUCAAUGUCAUGAUCCGUCCACGGUCAGGCAACUUUAUCUACUCGGAGGAGGAAUUCAAACAGAUGAGUUUAGAGAUCCAAAUGCUCAAGCCAGCUGCAAGUGGCUUUGUUUUCGGAAUUCUGGAUGACCAGAACCAUGUCGACUUGGAGAGAAACCGAGCAUUAGUUGGAUUAGCAGCACCUCUUCCCUGUACAUUCCACCGAGCAUUCGAUUUGGUGCCGGAUUUCCACGAAGCAACGGAGAACAUCAUUACAUGCGGUUUCAAGUCCAUACUUACGAGUGGAGGAAUGGCGGACGCGGUUUCCGGAGCCGGUGUCGUUGGUGAGCUUUGGAAGAAUUUCGGAGAUAGGAUCGACUUUAUACUUGGCGGUGGCGUUCGUUCCACGAAUGUUGAAUCUCUGAGACAGACGAAGAUCAACUGGUAUCAUUCAGCAGCUAUUACAAAACCAGGCGAAGAAGUCGACGAGGAGGAGGUGGUGCAGCUUCAGACCGCCCUCAAACGGAAAUGA